GAUGCAGACUUGCUAAUGACUAUAAGAGAUAUAUCGGAUAGUCUAAGUCAUCAAAUUCAGAAAGAAACAGACCUGCCACAAAUGAUUACUACCCUUCCAUUUGUGAGCCAACCUCUUGCACUUUGUGAAUUGGCUCCAUUGGAUCAAACUGUACAAAUUGUAAAUGAAGAAUCUCAACUGGAAACAACAAAAAAACAGGUUGAGAUUAAAAAAAAUGAUGAAGCAGUUACUUUGGUUGAAAAAGAACCAGUAACUGUGCCUGAUAAAGAUGAACAAGAAAAACCAAUAAAGAGAAGAAAGCUAUGUAAAAUAGCAAAUAAAGAGGUGCAAGAUGAAGAUGAACAAGGUAAUCCACCCACAACAUCUACUCAGAUCAUAUCAGAAUCUACAACACCUGUCCCAGAUGUGGAAAUCAGAGAAGUAGAUACAUAUAAUCCGAUGUGGAAAGUGGAUCCAAAAUUAUGGAAGGAAUACUUACAAUGGAAAAGAUCAAGAAAAACAACCCAUGAACAAAGGAAAGUAGUCUCCACAACCAGAAAGAAAGACUUUUUCAGACAGCUUGAAGAAAACACAUGGGUACAUGGAGACAUAAACAAUAAUCGAACAGCCAAUUGA